CAUUUAAUCAAAAAUUUUCUUAAUUUAUAUCUAUCGAUAUUCGAAGAUUAUCAAUAAGAAGUAAAAAAUGUAUACUAUGGGACGUGAUAAUUUUGAAGGUUAUGAUUUUAAAUCUGAAGAAAAUCUACGAAAAUGGCGUGGUUUUUUUAUUCCAACCUUAUUACAGAUUCAAAAAAUUACACAUCCUACCUUGAUUGUAAAAGAAGAUGGACUGCAAUAUGUGGAAUCGUUGUUAUUAAAGUUAUUAGGAGCAAUAAUUUCUACAAAUGGUACUGUCAAUGCUGGCAGCUCAUCGAUGAUGACAUUGCAUACGAUUAGUGAUUUUGAAGAUCGUAUUCGACGUCUUAUUCCGGAUCCAUUGAAAACGAAUUCCCUUAAAAAAGCAAAAGAAAUUCUUUCCGCUUUGAGGAAUAGCAAAAAAAGUAAAGCCAAUAUUAUAUUUCAUGGCAAUGCAGAUCGUUCACCUCUCAAAACUCCUGUCGACAAAUUUCAUCAUAUGCUACAGAAAGAUGUUCUUGGACAUAAAACUGAUAUUCAUGUCUCACAAUAUCUGUUGGCUGUGUUGGAAUUUAUUGCCACCGAUAUACUUCAGUUGGCUGGUCAUUAUGUUCGUAAUAUGAUUCAUACCGAAAUCACUAGCCAAGAUAUUCAUGCCACCAUGUGUGCAGAUAAAGUUCUCAUGGAAAUUUUCUAUAACGAUGAAGAAGAAGAUGAAGGACCACCAUUAUCAGCCAAUUGUUAUUAUAGUCAAUCGUUUUUUGAUGCAGAUUUUGGUGAUAAUGGUGAAUAUGGUAAUGUAGGUAAUCAUACCAUUACCUAUCCAGAAGCGGUCCAUGAAUUCAUUCAAGAGGAACGACAAUUUAUUCGUGAAUUAUCAUUAAUAAUUAAAGUUUUUCGUGAUCCAAUGACCACCGUUCUUUCCGAAGAUGAUCUCCAACGAAUAUUUGUCAACAUAGAUGAUAUUUAUGAAUUUGCUGUAAAAUUUUUAAGUCUGUUGGAAGAUGCUGUCGAAGUUGCAGAUGAAGAUGAUUGUCCAGCCAUCGGUUCAUGUUUUAUUGAAAUUGCCGAAGAUGAAGAGAUGGAUGUCUUUCAUAAAUAUGCUCAAAAUGUUAUGAACUUUUCGUUUCGCGACCAUUUAUACUACGUUCUUUCACAACAUUCCCUUCAAAGUCGUAUAAGUGAAAUAUUCUCUUCACGAUAUAAUGCAGCGGCCAAUGGAAUGAUGGCCGCCAUAAAAUACGUCUUACCGAGGCUACUAUUAUUACCCGUUUAUCAUUGUUUCUCGUAUUUCAAAGCAAUCGAAAAAUUAAGGGAAUUAACCCCAUUGGUCACUGAUCGUGAAAAUUAUGAACAAGCCGAUUCUUCUCUGCAAUCGUUACGAAACGUAUUGGAAAAAGAAAAGAAAUUGAACAAGUUCGGUGAUGGAUAUUUUCUUCGAUUAUAUGGUCGAACACACAGAGCAACAGCGUUGUCAAAAAUGAAAGAAAUUCAAUCUUCUAUCGAUAAUUGGAAUGGUAAAGACAUUUGGCAAUCAUGUAACGAAUUUAUUCGGGAAGGUCUUCUUUAUAAAGUAUCCAAUCCGGGUAAAGCUAUCGGGCAUUUGUCAAAUCGAGUUUUUCCAACCGAGCGUCGAGCUUUUCUAUUCGAUAGUUUAUUGGUCCUUUGUAAACAUUGCAAUAAACGUAUGGUGCCAGGUCGAGGUGAUAAUUCACAUCUAGAAUGGCGAUUUAAAGAACGUUUCUUCAUACGAAAUAUUGAAAUAAUUGAACGUGAUGAACCUUAUGUGCGAUCAAAUUUUUUACCGUUUUCCAAUCACUUUAACAACCAUUCUGAUAAUCAAAGUUCAAUUCUGGAACAAUCAUCAUCAUUAUCAUCGAGUGUAAGCAACAUAAGCAAUCAUAUCACAAGCGAUAAUUCAAACACAAUACACGCUUUCGAAAUAUCUCAAACUAAUCAAAAUCAAUCAAUAGUUUUGAUGGCAAAAACGGUGGAAGAAAAAGAUAGCUGGAUGUCACAAUUGAUACUGCUGAAUAUGCGGUCAAUGUUGGAACGAACAUUGGAUGCAAAACUUUUGGAAGAAGCGAAAAAACAUCCCUUGUUAUUACCACAUGCAUCCGUUUAUCGUUUCGCGAUCGAAGAUAUGGAUUCCAAUAUCAUAUUUGAAGAAAAUAAAUCCAAUCGUAAUGUGCCAUUAAUUAAAGGUGCUACGUUGCUCAAAUUAGUUGAACGACUUACUUAUCAUAAAUAUGGUGAUCCAAAUUUAGUGCGAAUCUUUUUGACCACUUAUCGUUCAUUUUGUACGCCAAUUGAAUUGCUCAAAUUACUGAUCGAACGUUUUGAAAUACCUGAACCAGAUUUUCGUUCAUGUAUGCAGGCAAUGUACUAUGCAAAUGAAGAGCUGUCUUCGCCAACAAGUGUGGCGCCACCGGCGCAAGAAUUGUUAUUAAAUCAAUUAGAUUCGAAUGAAGUGACUUCCGAUGCAAGUUCUUCGACUGGAAAAUUUGGUGCAAAUACAUGCCCAACUAGUCCAACUUCUCCAACGUCGAACAAUCAUCAGCAAUUACCACCUACACCGUCCGAUUUGAGCAAAUUUUUUAAUGAACAAGAUGAACAAUGUCAACAAGAUUAUCGUGAAAUGUUGAAACGAUUCCGAAAAGAAUAUGCCCAACCGGUGCAAUUUCGUGUGCUGAAUGUGCUUCGACAUUGGAUUGAUAAACAUUGGUAUGAUUUCGAGCGUGAAAGCCAAUUGUUGGACAUGUUGAAUCAAUUUCUUGACGAAAAAUUAGCAAAAUCUCAUACAAAAGUUGCAAAGUGGUGCCAUCAUAUCCGUAGUGUUGUCGAUCGAUCAAAAAAAUCACAAAAUGUUGCAGCUCAAUUCGAUGCACUAUCAAUCAUAAAUGGACCAAUUGGAAGACCAUUGUCAAGCAUCACUAAAAUCAACGAUGGACCAGAAGAAUUUGAUCUCUUAGCGUUUUCUCCUGGAGCUAUUGCUGCCCAUUUAACUUUAUUCGAAUUCGAUUUGUAUCGUGCAGUACAACCAUACGAAUUUAUCGGCAUGGAUGAUCAAUCAUUAGUUUGGACCAAAAAAGAUAAACAAAAAACAUCGCCUAAUCUAUUGAAGAUGAUUCGUCAUUAUACAAUUAUGUGUUAUUAUUUCGAAAAACGAAUUGUCGAAACGGAAAAUUUUGAGGAACGUGUGGCUAUUGUUACUAGAAUUGUUGAAAUAAUGACCAGAUUGAUGCAAUAUAACAAUUUUAAUGGUGUAUUCGAAAUCGUUGGUGCUCUUGAUUCGGCACCAAUUCACAGACUAGAACAUACCCGUGCUCAGAUUGAACGCAAUAGUAAAUUGAAAAAAGCACUCGAAGAAGCCAAAGAUCUCAUGGAUAAUCAUUUUAAAAAGUACAAAGAAAAAUUGUUUUCAAUCGAUCCACCUUGUGUUCCAUUUUUGGGUAAUUUUCUUACUAACAUUGUACAUUUGGAAGUGGGAAAUCCUGAAUAUCUUUCCCCGCCAAAUUCUGAUUCUGGAUUUCAUAAUACUUUGAAUCAUCAUCAUCAUUUUCAUCAAAACGAUUCAUCAUCCAACUCUCAACAAACGAACAAUAAUAAUUCACAAUCCACAUCGACAAUGAAACUAGAAGCUGAAGGGGCUGCAGCUACUUCAAAAUUGAUUAAUUUUCAAAAGAAACGCCGUGUUUAUGAAACAAUCUCGCUAAUUCAACAGUAUCAGAAUGAACCGUAUAAUUCUCAAUCUCAGAAAACGACAAAAAAGAUUAAUCUCAGUAAAUUUAAUCCUGAAAUUUCGAAUUUUUUCGAAAACUUGGAUCAUAUUGUUUAUGAUGACGAGGAAGAGAAGCAAUUUUGCAAUUAUGUUUAUAACAAAUCACUGGAAAUUGAACCACGAGGCUGUAAACAACCUCCCAAAUUUCCUCGAAAGUGGCCGGAUCGUAACCUCAAGCAAAGUUCAAAAUCACGAAAUAUUCGCUUGCCUGGAAUUUCAGGAAUUAGUCAUCAAAGUCAAUCAUCAUCAUCAAGUCUAACGGGUUUUAGCCAUAGCCAUCAGAAUAGCCAUAGUAGCAUGAUGAUGAUGGAUAACUGUGAUUCGAUCUCAUUACAACAACAGCAAUCUCCGUCAACACCAUUAACUCCUCCGGAUCCGAUUUUUGCAUCUGUCAUGAUUGGAGGUGAUCGAUCGAUGAAUAAUGGAACACCUCAUAUCUCGCCAACAACUCCGGGAAUUCAAUCGAUGAGCUUUUUUCCGACAUCAUCCGCUUGGCAACAAAUUCCACAAGCGAUCACUCCUCAAUCUCAAUAUCAUCAUCAACAUAGUGCAUCAUCUCCAUUAAUUUCUUCGCCUUUAUCUUCAGAUUUCUCAGGCAUUGCAAACAAAAGUCCUUUACCGCCAUUACCACCAAGGGGUAUUCGAAGAUAUUCGAUUGCUCCCGAUAACACGAAUGCUAGUGGCAGUAGUAAUUUGCCAGGAUCAGCACCUCCUCUUCCUCCCAAAACAUAUAAACGAAUUGGUCCUUCAACAACAUCUUCAAAUUCGUCAGCACAAACUACUUUAGGAGCAAAUUCUGGAACGUCAUCAACCGUCUCAACUACGAGUACUAAAAUGUCCUAUCGAGAUAAGCAACCACCACCAUUGCCACGAAUGCCUCCGCCAUCAUCGAAUCAUUAUCAUCAACGUUUUAAUUCGGAUAUCGUAACUACAGCAUCGUCUUCUACAAGUCCAAAUCAUACGUCACAAUCAAAUGGUCCACUCAUUAAUAGACGAAAUUCAGCUGUUGAAAAUGGUGCUACAUUAUCUCCAAGGCGGUAUUCACAAGUUCCGCUACCACCUCCAUUGCCUCCUACACCAUUAACAUCAUCACCACAGACACCAAUGAUGAAUAUGACCUUAUUUAAUCUAUUACCUGGUAGCGGAAGUCCAAGUGGUAUUCCUCCUAAUCCAUCUUCGGCAUCAUCUUUAUCACCGACAUUACCACCUUUUUCGUCAUCAUUACAUCGUCCACCACCAACCCCAACAUUGGCAACAUCACCCAAUUCUACCAAUAGUAACAAUAAUAAUAAUAACAGUAAUAAUGGUCCAGAAUUACCACCGAAAACAUAUCGAUUAUCUAAUCCAUGUCGAUAAUUUUAUUUUCAAUCGCUUCUUACCCAUAUGGAAAUUGCCAAAUAAUUACAAUUCAUGCGAUACGUUCAACAAACAAAUAGAUCAUUUAUUUUUUUGUCGAACAUUAUUAUAAUCA